CGCGUCCCCAUGGUCCCAGAUCCGGGCCCUGGCAACAGCAGCUCCCCGGCGUGGGGGUCCGGGCCGCCGGCGGCCGCGGGAGGCAGCGGCUGGGUGGCGGCGGCGCUGUGCGUGGUCAUCGCGCUGACGGCGGCGGCCAACUCGCUGCUGAUCGCGCUCAUCUGCACGCAGCCGGCGCUGCGCAACACGUCCAACUUCUUCCUGGUGUCGCUCUUCACGUCCGACCUGAUGGUGGGGCUGGUGGUGAUGCCGCCGGCCAUGCUGAACGCGCUGUACGGGCGCUGGGUGCUGGCGCGCGGCCUCUGCCUGCUGUGGGCCGCCUUCGACGUGAUGUGCUGCAGUGCCUCCAUCCUUAACCUCUGCCUCAUCAGCCUGGACCGCUACCUGCUCAUCCUGUCACCGCUGCGCUACAAGCUGCGCAUGACGCCCGCGCGCGCCCUGGCCCUGGUGCUGGGAGCCUGGAGCCUCGCCGCGCUCGCCUCCUUCCUGCCACUGCUGCUCGGCUGGCACGAGCUGGGCCACGUGCGGGCACCCGCCCCGGGCCAGUGUCGCUUCCUGGCCAGCCUGCCCUUCGUCCUCGUGGCCUCGGGCCUCACCUUCUUCCUGCCUUCGGGCGCCAUCUGCUUCACCUACUGCAAGAUCCUUCUGGCUGCUCGCAGACAGGCUGCGCGAGUGGCAUCCCUCACUAGCGGCAUGGCUAGCCAGGCCCCGGAGACACUGCAGGUGCCUAGGACCCCACGCACCGGGGUGGAGUCGGCUGACAGCCGGCGCCUGGCCACCAAGCAUAGCAGGAAGGCGCUGAAGGCCAGCCUGACGCUGGGUGUCCUGCUGGGCUUGUUUUUUGUGACCUGGCUGCCUUUCUUUGUGGUCAACAUAGUCCAGGCUGUGUGCAGCUGCAUCUCGGCCAGCCUCUUCGACAUUCUUACGUGGCUGGGUUACUGCAACAGCACCAUGAACCCCAUCAUCUACCCCCUUUUCAUGCGGGACUUCAAGCGGGCCCUGGGCAGGUUCUUGCCCUGUUCGCACUGCCCCCGGGAGCACCAGGCCAGCCUCGCCUCCCCGUCCAUGCGCACGUCCCACAGCGGUGCCCGGCCGGGCCUGAGCCUGCAGCACGUGCAGCCGCUGUCCCUGCCGCCGGACUUGGACUCUGACUCGGAUCUGGGUUCCAGCAGCUCCGCAGGUCUGCGGCUCCGGGCCCAGCUGCUGCUGCCUGGAGAGGCCGCCAGAGACCUCCCACCACCUGCCAGGCCCACCGCCGUCAUCUCUAAGAUUGAACCCCUGGACCCAGAGCUUCGGCGCCAUCCGCCUCACAUCCCCACGAACUGACAGACUCAGUGCUGGCCA